AAAUGGUCAAUAGUAACAUCAAAACGUACUCAUCAUCAUCAUCAUCAUUGGAUAAUUGAUGUUUUCUAAUUUCGAUUAAACCAAAUCACUUGCAGUUUGAAGGAUUUAGAGAUUCAACCAUCGGUCAACAAGACAAGAAGCAGAAGAUUGUUUUCCAUCAUUGAUAAUCCAUCUCUUCAUCAUCUUUACUUUUAGUGAAUUUAUUUUCUUUUUUAUUUUUGACAAUUACCUCUUCUUCUUCUUAUCCUUUAUUGUUAACUAAAUCAGUUAUCUCCUCUCACCAGAACCAUGGAAUUGAUUGAACCUCACUUUCGUUCAGUAAAUGAAUGUCCUCAAGAAGUUGAAUGUCAAAUAUUAGGAUCUUUACCUGAAUGGUUACAAGGUUCGUUGAUUAGACUUGGCCCUGGUAAAUGGGAUCUUGAAGAUGGAUUCACUCUUAAUCAUUGGCUUGAUGGUUGUGCGAUGUUGAUUAAAUUUCGCUUUGAAGAUGGUCGAGUUUUCUAUUCAUCUAAAUUUCUUCGGUCAAACGCUUUCACCAAGAUGAUGGCUCAUGGUAAACCCGUUUUCACAGAAUUUGGAACUCGAGCUUAUCCUGAUCCAAGUAAACCAUUGGUUGCACGGUUAAUUAACCAAUUAAUACCAAGUGAUUUAACCGAUAACGAUAUUUCCAAUAUCUACCUGAUGAAUAAACGUCUAUUUGUAGCAACUGAAAGUUGUAACAUUUGGAGAGUUGAUCCAGCAAAUAUGACAGGUAUUGAAAAGUUUAAUUUGGACAGAGAGGCUUCGGUUAAUCUCAGUACAUCUCAUCCAUUAUACUCAGCGAGUGAUGAUUCUUAUUACAAUGUUGGAACCAAUUUCUUAUCCGGAAUGAAGUACAGCAUUUAUCGAGUUCCUAAAAGAGAAGAUUCGAAAUCUCCAUCAUCAAAUCCAUUCAAAGGAGUUAAAAAAAUUGCUGUUAUUCCUUCAAGAUGGAAAACUGGAUUCAGUUAUAUUCAUAGUUUUGCCAUGACUGAGAAUUUCAUUAUUAUAAUUGAACAACCAUUGGUGGUAAAUGGUUUCAAACUUGCUACUUGUACACUUAAAGGUAAAUCAAUGGAGGAAUGUUUGGAAUGGCGACCUGAUGAACCAACCCGAUUCUAUGUGAUUAACAAAUCAACCGGAAAAGAACAAGAAUUUGACUUUGAAUAUGAAACUGAGGCUUUUUUCUUCUUCCAUGUAAUGAAUGCUUACGAGCAAGAUGGACAUGCAAUCAUCGAUUUGGUUGCCUACGAGGAUAUUAAAGUUCUCGAAAAGUAUCACUUGAAAUAUCUUCGAUCAAAUGAAUUCAAUGAUCAAUGUCAACCAACAGCUCGUCGAUAUGUCCUUCCAUUGGAAAAGAGAGUACCUCAGCAGAAUAUUAAAUCACAGAAUAAUUUGGUUGAUCUACCUAAUUGCUCUGCUUCAGCUUAUCUUAUCGAUGGAAUAAUCAAAUUAACAUACGAACAAUUAGCCGAACCUGGCUUUGAACUUCCAACAUUAAAUGAUUCUUUCGCCUGUACCAAAUAUCGAUAUGCUUAUGGAAGUGGUACAUUCGAACAGGGAACUUUCUCUCACUCUGCCAUCAAACUUGAUUUGGAAACUCACGAAGUGAGAAUGUGGAAAUCAUCUGAGACUGCAUUCCCUGGAGAAGCUUUUUUCAUACCUAAACCUGAUAAUCAAGGAGAAGAUGAUGGUAUCAUUUUAUCUGCUGUUCUGGAAAGUGAUCAGAGUAAGAAAAGUUUCCUUAUUCUCUUGGAUGCUCGAACUAUGAUGGAAAUGGCAAGAAUAUUGAUUCCUCGUGAUUUAGCUGAAAUUCCACCCACAAUUCAUGGUGUUUUCAUCUCUAACAUUAAAGAAAUUGUUAUAUAAAUUAAUUGGAAUAGUGAGAGAAAUUGUAAUCAACAUUUUUCACUUAGAAUCAAAUUAAUUCAAAGAAAAAUAUUCUCUCAAUGGUUAAGGUUUAUGAUUACAUUAUAUUUAUUUUAUUCUUUUUAUUUUGUUCUCUUUAAUCAAUCAACAAUUUCAAAUCUCAUUUUAAAACCUGAUUAUAAAGGUAGAAAUUUUAAUUGUACUCCUAAUUAAUUAAUAGAAACAAUUAAUUCUUAAAAUACUAAUAAAAACAAUUAGAUAUUUACAAUUGAA